AUGAGCAGAGUUCCCCCAGCUGUACCAAAAAAAGACUUGGCGCCACCAUUGGACACGCCAUACACACCGGAAGAACUUUCAAAGUUCGAUGGGAGAGAUGGUGGUUCAAUUUACGUUGCCGUCAAGGGUAUAGUAUUUGAUGUGUCGGAUAACCGUCAGGCAUACGGACAUGGCGGUAGUUAUCACCUAUUUGCCGGCAAAGACGUUUCAAAGGGUCUUGGCAUGGGUUCUUUGCAACCUGAACAUGCUGUUGCCGAUUAUAGCACUUUGAAUGAAGAACAGUUAAAGACUUUAGACGAAUGGUUCCAACAUUUCAGUAAUAAAUAUAAUAAGGUUGGAAGAGUUCAGUGA